UGUUCCUCAGGCCUACCUGGCUUCUACCUGUUGUCGGGGCAGUCUUGUGUUUUGAAUUGUGUGCCGAAAAUCGGACGAGUGUCAACGUGCUUCGACGAAAUCGUCCUAUAUUUACUCGACGCUCGCACGUGUGCCGCCAAUGUUUCGAGAGUAAAUUGUGGAUUGAUAAUUAACCUUGGCAGAGAGACUCGUGCUCAUUGAUAGAAGACGCUCGAUACGAGUGUCAUGGGAACAUUCACGGUGAAGGUGAUACGCGGGAGAGGAAUGUAUCGCUUUAUUUUCGGAGGACGUGAAAAUCUACAUCAAAAGUGGAGUGAUAACAUCAUCUAGUUCAAGAUACUCAUAUUUAUCGAGAAACCAGUGACAUCAAGGACCUCAUUGAUGCGGUGUUCGUUCGCGAUACAGGGGAGUAUGCUGCAUUCUUAUACGUGCUGCCACUAGAGAAAUUAAUACGAAGCCAAAGAUUGGAAUAAAGCCAAGCAGCGAGUGGUCUGGAAGCACUUGGAAUUGAAAGAAUCCGGAAAUACAGAAGAAUAGAAUAAAGAUAUUUAUAAUUCCGUCCAUAGAAUGCUGACAGCUGCUGUUUAUAUAAUUUGAAUAGAUGUUACAGAUUGAUCGGAAUGGACGUAAUCGCCUACAACCACCACGAGAUCGCGAGCAUCGGUAAUAGCAUCGACGGAGGUGACGUCGAUGCCCAGUACGAGGACGAAGUGGAGGACAUACUGCCAUAUAUCGAGAUCGACCGAGCUCACCUAACGAUCACCGACCACCAGCUUACAGCUGCCAAUUGUGACAAGAGCCCGUUCAGAAGGAGCCUAUUCCCGCACGUGCCGCCGUUCAUCCAAUUCCAGUCGUUCGACUAUAAGGGACCAACAGCGCCAUACGAAGUAACGAGACACCUGAGGUGGCGUCUGAGCACGAUCACACCAUUAAUCGUACGUCGUACCUUGGUGAACUCAGGUUUUCGACUGACCAAGAAGUCGCAGAAAUGGUGCGGCACGUGGGGCAAGCACAUGAAGUCGGUCUGCUUCAAGACGCUGAAGGAAUCGCAGAAGAUCAAUCAUUUCCCGGGCACGUUCCAGAUCGGCCGCAAGGACCGCCUAUGGCGGAACCUAAGCUGGAUGAUGAUGAAGCACGGGAUCAGGGAGUUCGGUUUCGUCCCAAGGACCUUCGUACUACCUCAGGACCUCAACUGCUUCCGGCAAGUCUGGAAGAAGCUCGGGGGCCAGAAAGAGAAGUGGAUCGUGAAGCCGCCGGCCUCUGCCAGGGGCACAGGGAUCAAGGUGGUGCACCGCUGGUCCCAGAUACCAAAGAAACGGGCCGUGGUCGUGCAACAGUAUUUGUCCAGACCAAAGCUGAUCAGCGGCGCGAAGUUCGAUCUGCGCCUCUACGUUCUCGUGACGAGCUUCAAUCCGUUGAGGAUAUACCUCUAUCCGGACGGCCUGGUCCGGUUCGCCUCUGUCAAGUAUAACGACGACAUAAACUACCUCAGCGACCGCUUUAUGCACUUGACCAAUUACAGUAUCAAUAAGACCAGCGCUACCUACACCAGCAACGACUGCGUCGACUCCUGUUCCGGGCACAAGUGGACGCUCAGGACGCUCUGGUCUUAUCUCGAGAAGGAGCACGUCAACGUACCGAAGCUGUGGGAGUCGAUGAAAGACAUCGUGGUCAAGACGAUGAUAUCCGUCGAGUCGCCGAUCACCACCCUGACGAGGACCAACACGACGUCCAGAUACUGUUGCUACGAGCUGUUCGGUUUCGACAUACUCCUGGACGAGAAUCUGACACCCUGGCUGCUGGAAGUGAACAUCUCGCCGUCCCUGCAAUCCUCGUCGCCCCUCGACAUGGCCGUGAAAGGGCCGCUGAUCAAGAACGUGUUCAACAUUGUCGGGUAUCAUCUGCCGAAUAAUCUGUCGCCGGAGGACGUCGAGAAGAUCGCGCAGAAGUACCAGUUCGACGUUGUGUGCCAGGACUUUCGGCUGCACAGGCCGACCAUCAGUUUUCAGGAGAGAACGAAGCAAUCGAUGUACGCGAACUUGAGGAACAGGGACGACUACGUCGACGAUAUCAUAGAUAUUCUAACGCCGGACGAUGUCAGACAUCUGAUCGCGUACGAGGAUGAGCUCACGCAGCUGGACAAGUUCGAGAAAAUAUUCCCGACGGUCGACAGCCACGAGUACCUGCAGUAUUUUGAUGUUCCGAGGUAUUACAAUAUGCUGUUCGACGCGUGGGAAUCAAAGUAUAGUGACAACCGCGAGAAAGGAGUAACGAGAUUACAGAAACUUUGCGAGACAAAGUAUCAUUUGGCGCAGCAAGUAUGAUCGUGACUUUGAAUUAGGGGCAUCGAUUCCUCUGCCGUUGGCGUCUUCCACGUUCACCGGCGAACACUGUAAAUCCUUCACUUUCUUUUUUUUUUUAUAUAAGCUAUACAACGUCUUGUUAUAAUGCGAGUUACUACUAUAGUACCGACCGUAACAUGUUACGAUACGACCGCAUCAUGUGCCUUUUUCCACGGUUGUGCAAAUUUAUUUUGAUGUAUUAAAUCUCUAUACUAAUAAAUCAUUUUACAAUGAAA